AAGAAAUUGAAUAAAAUGAAGGGAGACGAUGAGUGUAUUAUAGUGGUAAGGGAGUUUGAUCCUAGCAAAGAUGUAAGAGACGUAGAACAAGUAGAAAAAAGAUGCCAAGUUGGUCCCAGCGGCAAACUCUCCCUCUUCACCGACCUCUUAGGUGACCCUAUUUGCCGGGUCCGCCAUUCCCCUGCUUUUCUCAUGCUGGUAUAUAUAACUAAACACUCUUUUCUCCCAUUUUCUUUCCUCACUAUAAUCUCACUCUUUCUUGGUUUCCCCCGUACCAAACAGGUGGCUGAAUUAAGCUCCACAGAAGAGAUGGUGGGGAUGAUCCGAGGUUGCAUAAAAACUGUUACUUGUGGGACGAAACUCUCUCGCAAUUCCAAAAACAAUGAUCCCAUUAAACCUCUCCCUCUUUAUACCAAACUCGCUUACAUUUUAGGCCUUCGAGUUUCUCCUUCCCACAGGAGAAUGGGAAUAGGGCUAAAGCUGGUUCUUAGAAUGGAAGAGUGGUUUAUCCAAAACGGCGCUACAUAUUCUUACUUAGCCACUGAAAACGAUAACCUAGCUUCUGUCAAUCUCUUCACCGAUAAAUGUGGUUACUCCAAGUUCCGUACUCCGUCCAUUUUGGUUAACCCGGUGUUCGCUCAUCGACUCACCGUUUCCAACCGAGUCACCCUGGUCAAGCUUUCCGUAUCCGACGCCGAGUCGCUGUACCGACGACGUUUCUCCACCGUUGAGUUCUUCCCUCGCGACAUUGAUUUUGUUCUUAAGAAUAGAUUAAACCUGGGAACGUUCUUGGCCGUGCCACGUGGAUUUUAUACGCAGGAGUCGUGGCCCGGGUCGGAUAAGUUUUUAUCUAACCCGCCAGAGUCAUGGGCGGUAAUGAGUGUUUGGAACUGUAAGGACGUGUUCAGGUUGGAAGUUCGUGGCGCGUCGAGGAUGAGGAAAACGUUGGCUAGAACGACGAGGGUUUUGGACAAAUUGUUGCCGUUUUUGAGGGUGCCGUCGAUUCCGGAAGUGUUUCGUCCGUUCGGUCUGCACUUUUUGUACGGAGUUGGUGGGGAAGGGCCACUCGCGGCUAAGUUCGUUAAAGCGUUGUGCGCGCACGCGCAUAACUUGGCGAAAGAUGGAGGGUGCAGUGUGGUGGUGACUGAAGUGGCGAGUCGUGAGCCGUUGAAAGUAGGGGUCCCACAUUGGAAGAGAUUAUCGUGUGAGGAGGAUUUAUGGUGCAUCAAGCGCCUUGGAGAAGUCUAUAGUGACGGGUCUGUCGGUGACUGGACUAAAUCACCUCCUGGACAUUCCAUUUUUGUAGACCCCAGAGAAUUAUAA